AUGAGCAAUGGCAUGGCCAGCACCGUUGCUGCCACCUCCCUGCUCCUCUCCUUGCUCCUCCUCAAGUUUCAGAGCAAGCGUGGCCCACCGUUGCUGCCACCGCCCAUGUUUCCCCUCCACCGCCCAUGUUUCCCCUCCUCCGCCCAUGUUUCCCCUCCACCGCCCAUGUUUCCCCUCCACCGCCCAUGUUUCCCCUCCACCGCCCAUGUUUCCCCUCCUCCGCCCAUGUUUCCCCUCCACCGCCCAUGUUUCCCCUCCACCGCCCAUGUUUCCCCUCCUCCGCCCAUGUUUCCCCUCCACCGCCCAUGUUUCCCCUCCUCCGCCCAUGUUUCCCCUCCACCGCCCAUGUUUCCCCUCCACCGCCCAUGUUUCCCCUCCACCGCCCAUGUUUCCCCUCCUCCGCCCAUGUUUCCCCUCCACCGCCCAUGUUUCCCCUCCUCCGCCCAUGUUUCCCCUCCUCCGCCCAUGUUUCCCCUCCUCCGCCCAUGUUUCCCCUCCACCGCCCAUGUUUCCCCUCCACCGCCCAUGUUUCCCCUCCUCCGCCCAUGUUUCCCCUCCUCCGCCCAUGUUUCCCCUCCUCCGCCCAUGUUUCCCCUCCUCCGCCCAUGUUUCCCCUCCUCCGCCCAUGUUUCCCCUCCACCGCCCAUGUUUCCCCUCCACCGCCCAUGUUUCCCCUCCUCCGCCCAUGUUUCCCCUCCACCGCCCAUGUUUCCCCUCCACCGCCCAUGUUUCCCCUCCUCCGCCCAUGUUUCCCCUCCUCCGCCCAUGUUUCCCCUCCUCCGCCCAUGUUUCCCCUCCUCCGCCCAUGUUUCCCCUCCUCCGCCCAUGUUUCCCCUCCUCCGCCCAUGUUUCCCCUCCACCGCCCAUGUUUCCCCUCCACCGCCCAUGUUUCCCCUCCACCGCCCAUGUUUCCCCUCCACCGCCCAUGUUUCCCCUCCUCCGCCCAUGUUUCCCCUCCUCCGCCCAUGUUUCCCCUCCUCCGCCCAUGUUUCCCCUCCUCCGCCCAUGUUUCCCCUCCUCCGCCCAUGUUUCCCCUCCACCGCCCAUGUUUCCCCUCCACCGCCCAUGUUUCCCCUCCUCCGCCCAUGUUUCCCCUCCACCGCCCAUGUUUCCCCUCCACCGCCCAUGUUUCCCCUCCACCGCCCAUGUUUCCCCUCCACCGCCCAUGUUUCCCCUCCUCCGCCCAUGUUUCCCCUCCACCGCCCAUGUUUCCCCUCCUCCGCCCAUGUUUCCCCUCCACCGCCCAUGUUUCCCCUCCUCCGCCCAUGUUUCCCCUCCUCCGCCCAUGUUUCCCCUCCACCGCCCAUGUUUCCCCUCCACCGCCCAUGUUUCCCCUCCACCGCCCAUGUUUCCCCUCCUCCGCCCAUGUUUCCCCUCCACCGCCCAUGUUUCCCCUCCACCGCCCAUGUUUCCCCUCCUCCGCCCAUGUUUCCCCUCCACCGCCCAUGUUUCCCCUCCUCCGCCCAUGUUUCCCCUCCACCGCCCAUGUUUCCCCUCCACCGCCCAUGUUUCCCCUCCACCGCCCAUGUUUCCCCUCCUCCGCCCAUGUUUCCCCUCCACCGCCCAUGUUUCCCCUCCUCCGCCCAUGUUUCCCCUCCUCCGCCCAUGUUUCCCCUCCUCCGCCCAUGUUUCCCCUCCACCGCCCAUGUUUCCCCUCCACCGCCCAUGUUUCCCCUCCUCCGCCCAUGUUUCCCCUCCUCCGCCCAUGUUUCCCCUCCUCCGCCCAUGUUUCCCCUCCUCCGCCCAUGUUUCCCCUCCUCCGCCCAUGUUUCCCCUCCACCGCCCAUGUUUCCCCUCCACCGCCCAUGUUUCCCCUCCUCCGCCCAUGUUUCCCCUCCACCGCCCAUGUUUCCCCUCCACCGCCCAUGUUUCCCCUCCUCCGCCCAUGUUUCCCCUCCUCCGCCCAUGUUUCCCCUCCUCCGCCCAUGUUUCCCCUCCUCCGCCCAUGUUUCCCCUCCUCCGCCCAUGUUUCCCCUCCUCCGCCCAUGUUUCCCCUCCACCGCCCAUGUUUCCCCUCCACCGCCCAUGUUUCCCCUCCACCGCCCAUGUUUCCCCUCCACCGCCCAUGUUUCCCCUCCUCCGCCCAUGUUUCCCCUCCUCCGCCCAUGUUUCCCCUCCUCCGCCCAUGUUUCCCCUCCUCCGCCCAUGUUUCCCCUCCUCCGCCCAUGUUUCCCCUCCACCGCCCAUGUUUCCCCUCCACCGCCCAUGUUUCCCCUCCUCCGCCCAUGUUUCCCCUCCACCGCCCAUGUUUCCCCUCCACCGCCCAUGUUUCCCCUCCACCGCCCAUGUUUCCCCUCCACCGCCCAUGUUUCCCCUCCUCCGCCCAUGUUUCCCCUCCACCGCCCAUGUUUCCCCUCCACCGCCCAUGUUUCCCCUCCUCCGCCCAUGUUUCCCCUCCUCCGCCCAUGUUUCCCCUCCACCGCCCAUGUUUCCCCUCCACCGCCCAUGUUUCCCCUCCUCCGCCCAUGUUUCCCCUCCUCCGCCCAUGUUUCCCCUCCACCGCCCAUGUUUCCCCUCCUCCGCCCAUGUUUCCCCUCCUCCGCCCAUGUUUCCCCUCCUCCGCCCAUGUUUCCCCUCCACCGCCCAUGUUUCCCCUCCACCGCCCAUGUUUCCCCUCCUCCGCCCAUGUUUCCCCUCCUCCGCCCAUGUUUCCCCUCCUCCGCCCAUGUUUCCCCUCCUCCGCCCAUGUUUCCCCUCCUCCGCCCAUGUUUCCCCUCCUCCGCCCAUGUUUCCCCUCCUCCGCCCAUGUUUCCCCUCCUCCGCCCAUGUUUCCCCUCCACCGCCCAUGUUUCCCCUCCUCCGCCCAUGUUUCCCCUCCUCCGCCCAUGUUUCCCCUCCUCCGCCCAUGUUUCCCCUCCUCCGCCCAUGUUUCCCCUCCUCCGCCCAUGUUUCCCCUCCACCGCCCAUGUUUCCCCUCCACCGCCCAUGUUUCCCCUCCACCGCCCAUGUUUCCCCUCCUCCGCCCAUGUUUCCCCUCCUCCGCCCAUGUUUCCCCUCCACCGCCCAUGUUUCCCCUCCACCGCCCAUGUUUCCCCUCCACCGCCCAUGUUUCCCCUCCUCCGCCCAUGUUUCCCCUCCACCGCCCAUGUUUCCCCUCCACCGCCCAUGUUUCCCCUCCUCCGCCCAUGUUUCCCCUCCUCCGCCCAUGUUUCCCCUCCUCCGCCCAUGUUUCCCCUCCUCCGCCCAUGUUUCCCCUCCACCGCCCAUGUUUCCCCUCCUCCGCCCAUGUUUCCCCUCCUCCGCCCAUGUUUCCCCUCCUCCGCCCAUGUUUCCCCUCCACCGCCCAUGUUUCCCCUCCUCCGCCCAUGUUUCCCCUCCUCCGCCCAUGUUUCCCCUCCUCCGCCCAUGUUUCCCCUCCUCCGCCCAUGUUUCCCCUCCACCGCCCAUGUUUCCCCUCCUCCGCCCAUGUUUCCCCUCCUCCGCCCAUGUUUCCCCUCCUCCGCCCAUGUUUCCCCUCCUCCGCCCAUGUUUCCCCUCCUCCGCCCAUGUUUCCCCUCCUCCGCCCAUGUUUCCCCUCCUCCGCCCAUGUUUCCCCUCCUCCGCCCAUGUUUCCCCUCCUCCGCCCAUGUUUCCCCUCCUCCGCCCAUGUUUCCCCUCCUCCGCCCAUGUUUCCCCUCCACCGCCCAUGUUUCCCCUCCUCCGCCCAUGUUUCCCCUCCUCCGCCCAUGUUUCCCCUCCUCCGCCCAUGUUUCCCCUCCUCCGCCCAUGUUUCCCCUCCUCCGCCCAUGUUUCCCCUCCUCCGCCCAUGUUUCCCCUCCUCCGCCCAUGUUUCCCCUCCUCCGCCCAUGUUUCCCCUCCUCCGCCCAUGUUUCCCCUCCUCCGCCCAUGUUUCCCCUCCUCCGCCCAUGUUUCCCCUCCUCCGCCCAUGUUUCCCCUCCUCCGCCCAUGUUUCCCCUCCUCCGCCCAUGUUUCCCCUCCUCCGCCCAUGUUUCCCCUCCUCCGCCCAUGUUUCCCCUCCUCCGCCCAUGUUUCCCCUCCUCCGCCCAUGUUUCCCCUCCACCGCCCAUGUUUCCCCUCCUCCGCCCAUGUUUCCCCUCCACCGCCCAUGUUUCCCCUCCUCCGCCCAUGUUUCCCCUCCUCCGCCCAUGUUUCCCCUCCUCCGCCCAUGUUUCCCCUCCUCCGCCCAUGUUUCCCCUCCACCGCCCAUGUUUCCCCUCCUCCGCCCAUGUUUCCCCUCCUCCGCCCAUGUUUCCCCUCCUCCGCCCAUGUUUCCCCUCCACCGCCCAUGUUUCCCCUCCUCCGCCCAUGUUUCCCCUCCUCCGCCCAUGUUUCCCCUCCUCCGCCCAUGUUUCCCCUCCUCCGCCCAUGUUUCCCCUCCACCGCCCAUGUUUCCCCUCCUCCGCCCAUGUUUCCCCUCCUCCGCCCAUGUUUCCCCUCCUCCGCCCAUGUUUCCCCUCCUCCGCCCAUGUUUCCCCUCCUCCGCCCAUGUUUCCCCUCCUCCGCCCAUGUUUCCCCUCCUCCGCCCAUGUUUCCCCUCCACCGCCCAUGUUUCCCCUCCUCCGCCCAUGUUUCCCCUCCUCCGCCCAUGUUUCCCCUCCUCCGCCCAUGUUUCCCCUCCUCCGCCCAUGUUUCCCCUCCUCCGCCCAUGUUUCCCCUCCACCGCCCAUGUUUCCCCUCCACCGCCCAUGUUUCCCCUCCUCCGCCCAUGUUUCCCCUCCACCGCCCAUGUUUCCCCUCCUCCGCCCAUGUUUCCCCUCCUCCGCCCAUGUUUCCCCUCCUCCGCCCAUGUUUCCCCUCCUCCGCCCAUGUUUCCCCUCCUCCGCCCAUGUUUCCCCUCCUCCGCCCAUGUUUCCCCUCCUCCGCCCAUGUUUCCCCUCCUCCGCCCAUGUUUCCCCUCCUCCGCCCAUGUUUCCCCUCCACCGCCCAUGUUUCCCCUCCACCGCCCAUGUUUCCCCUCCACCGCCCAUGUUUCCCCUCCACCGCCCAUGUUUCCCCUCCUCCGCCCAUGUUUCCCCUCCACCGCCCAUGUUUCCCCUCCACCGCCCAUGUUUCCCCUCCUCCGCCCAUGUUUCCCCUCCUCCGCCCAUGUUUCCCCUCCUCCGCCCAUGUUUCCCCUCCUCCGCCCAUGUUUCCCCUCCACCGCCCAUGUUUCCCCUCCUCCGCCCAUGUUUCCCCUCCUCCGCCCAUGUUUCCCCUCCUCCGCCCAUGUUUCCCCUCCACCGCCCAUGUUUCCCCUCCUCCGCCCAUGUUUCCCCUCCUCCGCCCAUGUUUCCCCUCCUCCGCCCAUGUUUCCCCUCCUCCGCCCAUGUUUCCCCUCCACCGCCCAUGUUUCCCCUCCUCCGCCCAUGUUUCCCCUCCUCCGCCCAUGUUUCCCCUCCUCCGCCCAUGUUUCCCCUCCACCGCCCAUGUUUCCCCUCCUCCGCCCAUGUUUCCCCUCCUCCGCCCAUGUUUCCCCUCCACCGCCCAUGUUUCCCCUCCACCGCCCAUGUUUCCCCUCCACCGCCCAUGUUUCCCCUCCUCCGCCCAUGUUUCCCCUCCACCGCCCAUGUUUCCCCUCCUCCGCCCAUGUUUCCCCUCCUCCGCCCAUGUUUCCCCUCCUCCGCCCAUGUUUCCCCUCCUCCGCCCAUGUUUCCCCUCCUCCGCCCAUGUUUCCCCUCCUCCGCCCAUGUUUCCCCUCCACCGCCCAUGUUUCCCCUCCACCGCCCAUGUUUCCCCUCCACCGCCCAUGUUUCCCCUCCACCGCCCAUGUUUCCCCUCCUCCGCCCAUGUUUCCCCUCCUCCGCCCAUGUUUCCCCUCCACCGCCCAUGUUUCCCCUCCUCCGCCCAUGUUUCCCCUCCACCGCCCAUGUUUCCCCUCCACCGCCCAUGUUUCCCCUCCACCGCCCAUGUUUCCCCUCCUCCGCCCAUGUUUCCCCUCCACCGCCCAUGUUUCCCCUCCUCCGCCCAUGUUUCCCCUCCACCGCCCAUGUUUCCCCUCCACCGCCCAUGUUUCCCCUCCUCCGCCCAUGUUUCCCCUCCACCGCCCAUGUUUCCCCUCCACCGCCCAUGUUUCCCCUCCACCGCCCAUGUUUCCCCUCCACCGCCCAUGUUUCCCCUCCUCCGCCCAUGUUUCCCCUCCUCCGCCCAUGUUUCCCCUCCUCCGCCCAUGUUUCCCCUCCUCCGCCCAUGUUUCCCCUCCUCCGCCCAUGUUUCCCCUCCUCCGCCCAUGUUUCCCCUCCUCCGCCCAUGUUUCCCCUCCUCCGCCCAUGUUUCCCCUCCUCCGCCCAUGUUUCCCCUCCACCGCCCAUGUUUCCCCUCCUCCGCCCAUGUUUCCCCUCCUCCGCCCAUGUUUCCCCUCCUCCGCCCAUGUUUCCCCUCCUCCGCCCAUGUUUCCCCUCCUCCGCCCAUGUUUCCCCUCCACCGCCCAUGUUUCCCCUCCACCGCCCAUGUUUCCCCUCCUCCGCCCAUGUUUCCCCUCCUCCGCCCAUGUUUCCCCUCCACCGCCCAUGUUUCCCCUCCUCCGCCCAUGUUUCCCCUCCACCGCCCAUGUUUCCCCUCCUCCGCCCAUGUUUCCCCUCCUCCGCCCAUGUUUCCCCUCCUCCGCCCAUGUUUCCCCUCCUCCGCCCAUGUUUCCCCUCCUCCGCCCAUGUUUCCCCUCCUCCGCCCAUGUUUCCCCUCCUCCGCCCAUGUUUCCCCUCCUCCGCCCAUGUUUCCCCUCCUCCGCCCAUGUUUCCCCUCCACCGCCCAUGUUUCCCCUCCACCGCCCAUGUUUCCCCUCCACCGCCCAUGUUUCCCCUCCUCCGCCCAUGUUUCCCCUCCACCGCCCAUGUUUCCCCUCCACCGCCCAUGUUUCCCCUCCUCCGCCCAUGUUUCCCCUCCUCCGCCCAUGUUUCCCCUCCUCCGCCCAUGUUUCCCCUCCUCCGCCCAUGUUUCCCCUCCACCGCCCAUGUUUCCCCUCCUCCGCCCAUGUUUCCCCUCCUCCGCCCAUGUUUCCCCUCCUCCGCCCAUGUUUCCCCUCCACCGCCCAUGUUUCCCCUCCUCCGCCCAUGUUUCCCCUCCUCCGCCCAUGUUUCCCCUCCUCCGCCCAUGUUUCCCCUCCUCCGCCCAUGUUUCCCCUCCACCGCCCAUGUUUCCCCUCCUCCGCCCAUGUUUCCCCUCCUCCGCCCAUGUUUCCCCUCCUCCGCCCAUGUUUCCCCUCCUCCGCCCAUGUUUCCCCUCCUCCGCCCAUGUUUCCCCUCCUCCGCCCAUGUUUCCCCUCCUCCGCCCAUGUUUCCCCUCCUCCGCCCAUGUUUCCCCUCCUCCGCCCAUGUUUCCCCUCCUCCGCCCAUGUUUCCCCUCCUCCGCCCAUGUUUCCCCUCCUCCGCCCAUGUUUCCCCUCCACCGCCCAUGUUUCCCCUCCUCCGCCCAUGUUUCCCCUCCUCCGCCCAUGUUUCCCCUCCACCGCCCAUGUUUCCCCUCCUCCGCCCAUGUUUCCCCUCCUCCGCCCAUGUUUCCCCUCCACCGCCCAUGUUUCCCCUCCACCGCCCAUGUUUCCCCUCCACCGCCCAUGUUUCCCCUCCUCCGCCCAUGUUUCCCCUCCACCGCCCAUGUUUCCCCUCCACCGCCCAUGUUUCCCCUCCUCCGCCCAUGUUUCCCCUCCUCCGCCCAUGUUUCCCCUCCUCCGCCCAUGUUUCCCCUCCUCCGCCCAUGUUUCCCCUCCACCGCCCAUGUUUCCCCUCCUCCGCCCAUGUUUCCCCUCCUCCGCCCAUGUUUCCCCUCCUCCGCCCAUGUUUCCCCUCCACCGCCCAUGUUUCCCCUCCUCCGCCCAUGUUUCCCCUCCUCCGCCCAUGUUUCCCCUCCUCCGCCCAUGUUUCCCCUCCUCCGCCCAUGUUUCCCCUCCACCGCCCAUGUUUCCCCUCCUCCGCCCAUGUUUCCCCUCCUCCGCCCAUGUUUCCCCUCCUCCGCCCAUGUUUCCCCUCCUCCGCCCAUGUUUCCCCUCCUCCGCCCAUGUUUCCCCUCCUCCGCCCAUGUUUCCCCUCCUCCGCCCAUGUUUCCCCUCCUCCGCCCAUGUUUCCCCUCCUCCGCCCAUGUUUCCCCUCCUCCGCCCAUGUUUCCCCUCCUCCUCCACGCUCGCUCCCACCCCCCUCCCUCCCUCCUCCCACCCCGCUUCGCCCCUCUCCCUCCCUUCCCCCGUCAACCUCCAUCCCAUCCUCCCCUCCCUCCCCCCUUCUCCUACCCUCUUCAGCCCUGUCCACCCCUCCCUGCACUCCAUACUCGUUAGUAUCCUCCCUGCUAAUCGCCCCGUCCACCCCCCCAUCCCCUCCUCCCCCACCCUCCCCUCUCUCAGCAGCAGCCUGUAACUCCCGCGCCUCUGCUCUCUCUGCUUCCGUCUGUCCCCCUCCCACCCCUGCAUACCCUCUCACUGCCUCUCUCGCUCCCUCCUCUGGCCCCGUCCCUGCCCCUGCCCCUUCUCCUUGCAUGGAAGAGAGAGCCUGA